ACUUGUUUGCUUGUUUGUCUGGACGGCUGUCCUUGCUGUGUGCCAUGAAUUUCCUCUAAAGAUUUUUGCGCUAACUUUCCCUCUUUCUUAUUCGGAGGAACUCCGAGCAUAUCUUAACAGCGAUUUACAGGACCCCGAAAAAAAGUCGUCUGGGACUCGACCAUGCCUGCAGCGACGGGACGCACAGAUCCACAGCCAACAGAGCCUCUGAACAUGAAUCAUUACGCCACUAAGAAGAGUGUGGCGGAGAGUAUGCUGGACGUGGCUCUGCUGAUGGCCAAUGCGUCUCAGCUGAAGGCCGUACUGGAGCAGGGCCCAGAAUUCAGAUAUUACCUUACCGUCAUCAUCCUCAUCGGCGCUUCACUCUUCUUCCAGGUGCUCGCCGGCGCCCUCUUCGUCAACAUGGCUCGCAAAAACCUGAACAACGUGGCGAAUCAGAGGAAGCUGGACAUCAUGAAUAAUGUGGCCACGGGUUUGGUGUUUCUCACCGUCAUCAUCAACAUCUUCAUCACUGCGUUCGGCGUGCAGAAGACAGGUCUCUAUCCUAAGCAGUAAAUAAUCUAGUCUCAGUAAUGGACAUGAAAUAAAGACACAUUCUUCAGUCCAGCCAAUCGUCAAAGACUUCCUUCUGCUUUUGAUAUUUGUUAAGCUAUAUAGAAAACAUAUUUAUUUCACAGAGGGCAUUACAUUAGAGUCUCAAUAUCAUAUUAAAAGCCAUUCAUGUAUCAUAGACGUCCAGAGGAAAAACUGCAAUCACAUAACAUUAAUGCAUUAUUUAAGUGUGAUAUAUUCAUGCUGACUGUAACCAAACAAUAAAUGUUUAUCAUAAAAGACUC